AUGUCGGAAGAUCGUCGUGUGGCCAUCGUGACUGGUGCUGGACAAGGGAUCGGGCGGGCUAUCGCUCUGCGAUUGGCGGACGAUGGGAUAGAUGUCGCUGUGAACGACCUCGCGAGUAACACAGAUGCGCUCGUGAAGCUUGUGGAAGAGAUACAUGCAAAGGGGAGGCAGUCCAUCUCCGUCAUUGGGGAUGUCUCGGAUGAGGAGAAUGUUCAAAUGAUGAUUGCUAGGACCGUGAAGGAGAUGGGAGGGCUAGACAUUAUGAUCGCGAAUGCUGGUAUCGCUAUGGGACGGAUCGCACUCAUAGAUUUGAGCACAGAACAGUGGGAUCGCGUGGUCGCAAUUAACCUGCGUGGUGUGAUGCUGUGCUACAAAUAUGCCGCUGAGCAAAUGAUCAAGCAGGGACGCGGCGGUCGGAUAAUUGGCGCAGCGUCGGUAAUGGGAAAGAAAGGAUUUGCUCAUCAGAGUGCUUACGUUGCCACCAAGUUUGCCGUAAGAGGUUUGACGCAAUCGCUGGCGCUUGAGCUUGCCGAACACAAGAUCACUGUCAAUGCAUAUGCCCCUGGAGUGAUCCUCACUCCCAUGACCCUCAGCCCCAAGGACGCGGAGCUUGGCGGACGUCCUUGUGCAGGCCUCAAGAAGAUGUUGGGCAUACCGCCUAAUGCCCCUGAUGCGGGGCCGGAGGUCGUAGCGAGCGCGGUCGCGUAUCUGGUCAAGCCCGAGGCGCAUUUCAUCACGGGACAGUCGAUCAACGUUGGCGGCGGCAUUCACAUGGACUGA